AGAUAGCCUGCUGCUUCCCCUCACUUCUCCUCCCAGUGUGACACCACGCUUGGCUCAUCAUGCACACUAUGCAGUCUUCUCGUCUUUGCCUGGCCUUGAUGGCCAUGUCUCUAGCCCUUCCAGCAUCGGCUGAGAAGGUGCUAGGAGCCUACAUCUUUGCUCGACAUGGAGACCGCACGGCAAAGGUCCUGAAGGACACGGAGUUGACCGAUCUGGGUUACCGUGAGGUCUAUACCACUGGUAGCUACUGGCGGAGCCGCUACAUUGAUUCGGGCUCUUCCCUGCAAAUCCAGGAUAUUAGUGAAGACAUUGUCAAGCUGAGCCAAAUCAGUGCCUCCACCCCGUCGGACGAUGUGCUGCAAAACUCCGCCACAGGCUUUUUGCAGGGAGUCUAUCCGCCUGUCGGCUCGUCAGCCAACGAGACCCUGGCUGAUGGAACAGUCGUCGAUUCUCCCCUGGAUGGCUAUCAGUUGAUCCCCUUGGCCAUGACCGACUCGGGGUCAAACAGUGAGGAUACCACCUGGCUGCAGAGUGCGACCAACUGCCAAAAUGCGGAAGUCAGCAGCAACAACUACUACACCUCGUCAUUGUAUAACUCACUUCUUAAUUCUACCACGGAUUUCUAUCAAUCACUCUCGUCGCUAUUGAAUGGUACCUUCUCCGAGUCUUCAAUUAGCUUCAAGAAUGCCUACACCAUUUUUGACUACCUCAAUGUCGGCUCCAUCCACAAUACCACCAAUGUUCCAACAGCAGAGCAGCUGCAACAGGCCUUCCUGUUGGCUAACAUUGAGCAAUACAACCUGGCAUACAACUCGUCUGAGCCCAUCCGAGCCGUAGCAGGUGCUAUGCUGGCAGGUGAUGUUCUUCAAGGCUUGAAUAAGACGAUUACAUCCAAGGGUAAAACCAAGCUGAAUCUUCAGUUCGGCUCCUACGGAACAUUCCUCUCGUACUUUGGUCUGGCACAACUCCCCGCUGCGGAUGUCAACUUCACUGGAAUUCCCGACUAUGCCUCCUCCAUGGCAUGGGAACUAGUGACCAACUCGACCUCGAAUGAGUUUCCUUCCACUUCCGAUAUCAGUGUGCGAUUUGUCUUCCAUAACGGUACCCUCAACGAAUCCAAGAAUGAUAGCCCUAAUGAGUACCCACUCUACGGCCGAUCAAGUGCCACCAUUCCCUGGUCCGACUUUGUGAGUCUGAGCACCAAGAUUGCGGUCACGUCGCAGUCGCAGUGGUGCCAGGCGUGUGGCAAUACCGAUGGACUAUGUGCGUCCUACUCGACCAGCUCUAACUCUAGCUCUACUUCUCCAACCCAGGAAAUGUCAAGCAGCGGUAUCUCCAGGCCGGUAGCGGGCGUUAUCGGUGCCCUGGUAACAUUGGCAGUCAUUCUUGGUGCAGAGGCUCUUCUGCUUCUGGUGGGAGGAUUCCGCAUCACCAAGAAAGGCAGAAUUGCACAAAACGCGGCUGCCGACGAAGAAGACAAAGCAUCUUGAGUGAGACCAAAAACAGUGGGCAUGUAUUGUUGACGAGUUUGGAUGAUCAUGAUUUUGCGACGGCUGGAGUAUCGUCAUUCCCAGUCUUAUGCUACGUUUUUAGCGUUAGCUGGUUUCAUGUCGGGACCCUGAUCCGAGUCGAUUUGGGCCUACCUUAGUACCACAGUCGUUAUGAUAUUCUACAUUGACGUUGUCCAUUUCUCCAUAACCCUCACUGCACGAAGAUCCUCGUAGCUAUCUCCGUCUACUCCUGCAGACUACUCAUUUGACAAUGAAUUGACACGGUUCAGCGAUAAUCCCAUCUUCAAGGUGGAUGAAAA